AUGGAUGCUACACAGGUACAAAAUAAAGAUAAUGAUCAUGACUCCACAUCAACCAAAAUAUUAGAUGAUGAUCAAGAUGAUGCACUGUCAUCACUCGAGACACGAGGUACAGAAUACAAUGAUAAUAUUCAUGAUGCAUAUUCAGGUCUUAUCUUGGCCAAAAAUCGAUUUGGAUCACGUGGUAUUCGUCUUCCUGCUGAAUCGAUUCUUCUUGGUAAACGUCGAUUACCUGCUGAAUCUAUUCUUCUUGGCAAACGUCGAUUACCUGCUGAAUCUAUUCUUCUUGGCAAACGCCGAUUACCUGUUGAAUCUAUUCUUCUUGGCAAACGUCGAUUACCUGUUGAAUCGAUUCUUCUUGGCAAACGUCGUUUACCUGUCGAAGCUGUACUCUUAGGUCGACGUAGCUUACCAGAUGAAGAUGCUGUUCAUAGCAAACAACGAUAA